UUCAUCAUAGAUAAAAAUUGAACGGUAUUUGUUCGUUGAAUAAACAUAAAGAUAACCAUAAAUAAAUAUCGUCGAGUGGUUGAUUUUGAUUGAUUCAAAAACCCACUCCGCUAGGUGUUCGCCUUACUUGCUGCAAAAUGGUGAAGGUUCCGACAAUAAAGUUAAACAGUGGCUAUGAAAUCCCAGCUUUUGGAUUGGGUACGUGGAAGUCCAAAACAGGUGAAGUGGAGCAAGCAGUGAAAGAUGCCAUCGACAUCGGCUACCGCCACAUCGAUUGCGCUUUCGUGUACGGCAACGAGAAAGAAGUGGGGGCAGCUCUUAAGGCCAAACUAGGCGAUGGAACUGUCAAAAGAGAAGACCUCUUCAUCACGAGCAAACUGUGGAACACAUUCCACAGGCCCGAUCUCGUGGAGGGAGCUUUGAGGGUUACUCUGGAGAAUUUGGGAUUAGAUUAUUUGGAUUUGUAUCUUAUACAUUGGCCCCAAGCGUACCAGGAAGAUACUGAAAUAUUCCCCAAAGAUGCAGCUGGCAACAUAAUAUUUAGUAACGUGGACUAUGUGGAAACCUGGAAAGCCAUGGAAAAAUGCUCAAAGAAAGGUCUUGCAAGGUCCAUUGGGAUCUCAAACUUCAAUAAAAAACAAAUAGAAAGAGUGCUGGAAAUUGCAACCAUCAAGCCAGCUAUCAACCAGGUUGAAUGCCACCCGUAUCUGAACCAAAGAAGGCUCAUCGACUUCUGUCGUUCCAAGGGUAUCGCCAUCACCGGAUACAGUCCUCUGGGAUCCCCAGACAGACCUUGGGCUACGGCAGAUGAACCUCAGCUCAUGGAUGACCCCAAGUUGAAACAAGUUGCCACCAAAUACGGCAAAAGUCCAGCACAAAUUUUGUUGAGGUACCAGAUCGAGAGAGGAGUGGUCACAAUUCCAAAAUCCAUUACAAAAUCUAGGAUUCAACAGAAUUUCGACAUUUUUGAUUUUUCACUGUCUAAAGAAGACAUCGCCUAUUUAGAUACCUUCGAUUGUAAUGGGCGUUUUGUCCCAAUGACAGCAUCUUUGGACCAUCCUGAUCAUCCAUUCAAGAAUGACGAGUUUUGAAUAAUGUUUAACAUCAAAAUCAUUAAUAAAAUACGUAUUCCAAAAUAUGAUUCC